GCCGUUGUUGAUAUUGCAGCGAGAGUAUCGAUCUGUCAUUUAGAGUUGCCGGGUCAUGCAAAGUUAGAUGCUGGAUGUUUUCCCCGCUUUUACGGAAACAACAGACAGAGGGACUAGGCUGAUUUCAAAUCACUUCCCCUCCGAGGGAAAUGGCUGAAGGGAAGGAGAGAGAACGCUCCGCCCCAGAGCUCUGGUUCCAGGCAAAACCAGAGCAGGGGAUGCAAAUGGAGAAGAGAAGUCCAGGAGACCCUAAACCUGAAACGGGAUCUGGAGGGGCCUUGCUUGCAGAAGCCCAGGGCGGACCCGUGGGGCAUGAGGGCCUGUUGCAGAUUUGGGAAACCCAGUGGCAGGCGUUCCUCAAGGCAAUGGAGUCCCCUCACUCAGGGACGGGGAUCCCACCGCUGCCAGAAUUUGCUUCAUGGGGCCAUGCAAAGACUCCCCUGGAUCCCUAUGAGGGAGCCACCAGGGCCAGCCAGCAGUCCAGCGAAGGGUUUCUCAUGCGUCUCCGAGAAGCAGCCCAGCAGAAACAGGGGAAGGAUGACCCAAGAGACAAAGGGGACUACGGGAAAGCGACGGACAAGAGGGCGACUGAGGAAGUGGACGUGAGGCGCCAGCGUUUCAGACACUUCUGCUACCAUGAAGCUGAGGGCCCCCGAGAGGUUUUCAGCCAGCUCUGGGAGCUUGGCUGUCAGUGGCUGAGGCCAGAGACACACACCAAGGAGGAGAUCCUGGAGCUGGUGAUCCUGGAGCAGUUCCUGGCCAUCCUGCCCCAGCAGAUCCGGAGCUGGGUGAAAGAACGGGGGGCCCAGAGCUGUGCCCAAGUGGUGGCCCUGGCCGAGGAUUUCGUGCUGACCCAGAGGGAAGCCAGGAGAUGUGAACAGCAGGACACUGAUUUGUCCCAGGAGGUGGUAGCGAACUUCCCCCGUGAAGAGGAGGCAUCCCCAGGUAACGCCCAGAGGCGGAUCUGGAAUGUGGUGAAGCAAGAGAUUGAAGGCAAUGCCACCUUGGUGGGUAAGGGAUUCACGAGGAAGGAGGAAGCUGAUCGCCAGGAAAGUUCUGAGCAAGGUGGACCAUGUGGAGUUUCAGAAGGAAGAGCCGGAGAGAACGGCGUCAAGUCUUGUGAGCCGACUGUGGGUCUACGUGGAGUAUGGAGGCAAGAGGGAACCUGCCCUGGGAUAAGGCCAGAUAAAUCCAUUUCUAGCGGGGGGAGCUAUCCGGACUUGAGUGAAAUCACCAUCAAAGAAGUGACCUCAGCUGGAUACGGUCAGAGCUCAAACUUCAUCGUACGCGAGACAACUGAUAUGGGUGAGAAACCAUACCAGUGCUUGGACUGCGGGAAAUCUUUCCGUAUGAAGGAUAAACUGAUCAGACAUCACAAAACCCACACAGGAGAGAAACCGUACAAGUGUUUAGACUGUGGCAAAUCUUUUAGUACUAAGUACGGGCUCUUCAGGCAUCACCAGAUCCACAAAGGCGAGAAACCGUACGGAUGCUCCUACUGUGGGAAGUUUUUCCGGAUGAACUAUGACCUCGUUAGGCAUCACAGGGUCCACACGGGGGAGAAGCCCUUCAAAUGCUCAGAGUGUGGGAAGUCCUUCAAGAUGAACUCUGACCUUGUCAGGCACCAGCGAAUCCACACAGGGGAGAAACCGUUUGAAUGCUCGGACUGUGGGAAGACCUUCAACGUGAAAGGCAGCCUCGUUGCCCACAUCAGGAUCCACGAGGGGCUUAAACCAUACAAAUGCGCCGAGUGUGAGAAGUGUUUCAACCAGAGUUCAAAACUUAAGACUCAUGUGAAAAUUCAUACGGGAUAGCACCCCUCUAAAUGCCAGGGAUUUGGGGGAAAUCCUUUAGCAUAGAGUUGGGGUCCCCAACCUUUUUGAGCCU